AUGGCUGGUUCUGUCUGUCCUGACUUAAAUUUAUUCACGAGAUGCCAGAGCUCAGGUGGCACUCGCUAUGUCCCUGUAGCAGGAUACGCCGACGACUCGGACUUGGAUUUGGCCGACGCGCUGGAUGACUUCGUUCCGACCAAGAGGCCUACUCACAAGCCACCCCGGAAGCCUUCAGGCGGGACAGGUGAACUCGAUCUGUCGGAUUUCUUUGAUUCCCCGCCGGAGAGAACCACCAAGCCUGCGAAGGCCACCACCGGUCCUUAUCCAAGGAAACCAGAUGAUGGCCGCUGGAAUGUACCCCAUACCACCACCACCAAGCAGCCCAAAACUACCAAGCCGCCCCCCAAAAAGACUCCAGCGAAAGAUCCAAUGGAUUUCGACUUGUCCGAUGCUUUAGAUGACCGAAAUGACAGACACGCUGGCGGCGGGCCGCCUAAAGGAAACCCUGGUGGAGGUUCGAAAGGUGGACGUAGAAGAGGUGGAAACCCUGGAAUUUCUGAUGCUGACUUGAUUGGUAUCGUGGACGAAGGAGGCUAUCAGCCAGAUAAGAAAAAAGGAGAUGGUGACACUGAUUACAAUAAUGGUGCCCUGGUGGAGACUGGGACAAUUGCUGGUAUUGUUAGUGGCCUUGCCAUGGCCUUGAUUGGUGCUGUCAGCAGCUAUAUCUCCUACCAGCAGAAGAAAUUCUGCUUUAGCAUACAACAGGGUCUGAAUGCAGAGUAUGUGAAAGGAGAAAACAUGGAAGCGGUGGUGACCGAAGAGCCACAAGUGAAAUACUCCGUCCUUGAACCACAGACAGCAGAAGCUCCACCACCGCAAGAAAACGCAAAAGUCUGAAUCUCGGACGUCUGGCUUAAAAAGAACCGAUCGUUGGCAAAAAAAUAAAAUAAAAAGACACAUCACACACGCGCACACACACACACACACGCACACACGCACACACACACACACCCCUCUCACAUAUUUGUAAUUUAGCUUUUACAAACGUUUAAUUUGGACCCAAAGCUAUUUAAAUGUGCAUUCCCCUGACUAGGGCAGGCUUCUUAUUAUUGUGGUAGGCUGUAGACUGGUUGAAAAUGUUUUUUCGGGUUUGAUUUUCUCGUUUUGUGAAGAGUUGUAGGUUUACAUUGCCAUGGUCAUGUAGGAGCUUUGGUCAGGCUGAAUACUAAACGCAAAGGUUCUUCCAAGUGGUGUUUCAUAGUAGAGCUAGAGGUGUUCAUGAAUGACAUUUUGAUGGGGUGGGGGGAGUGAGACGGCAGCAAAGGUAGCAGUUAACAGGUGUGAGAACAAUUGAAGUGCCUGUAAAUGACCAAUCCAAAGUAGACCGUGUGAAAAUGGGGGAACCAGCCCUUUACGAAAAGGGUUUUAGCCAAAUUUCAGCCGUUGGCGUACAUGUGGAGCUUCCACUGAGAGCAACGUUUGAGGGCCUGGGGAUCUCUUUGGAGUAGCUAGAUCUCAAGAGGGAACAAGAGCAGUGUGACAGCUCUUAAUUGGCCAGGCCAAGAAGAGACCGUUGCCCCAUAAAACUGGGUUUUAUUUCAGCUAUGAACAAUCUUCAGUUGUUUUUUGAGGAGGACCAGGGACCUGUGUAAAUAUGCAGCAGGAGGCUAAAGUAGAACCUGGACCUCGCUUGCUGUGCUGACCACUGAAAAGAGCCCUUUCCAUGGGCUGCAGGCUUCACGGUUGCUUGCUCCAACUUUGCAGAGGGCUCAAGAGCUUGAAUUUUAAGGACCGCAAGAACAGCUCAAGGGGACGUGCUGCGUGCUGAAGGGUUCCUGGUGGGGUGUGGUGAUUCAUUAGCACACCUCCCAAUUUUGCCCCUGCACUCCAAAUAAAACUGAAGUAAGGCAUCUGGAUAAGUAUAGAAUUAACGGGCUAGAAUCCAGCAAAGGGACAAAGUUUUGGUUUGGGAAAUGCAAGCGAUGAAGUGUCAUGGAUGGUAUUGAUUAUAUUGAAAGGUUGCACCUCCAGGUUUUCAAGGUCUGGUUUCUCAAACAUUCUCCAGCAGAUAGCAUUUCUGUGCCAGUAUUUUACGGCCCAUCGUCACAUCCCACUAAAUUUAUACUUCGGGCCUGGUGUUCCCCAAGGUCUCAAUCUGAGCUCAGCUGGUUUCUGGACAACCGUGUUUAUUCUUUGGCCCAGAGUUUGAAGGUCCGUUUCAAGGAGAGGAGAAUAGUGUGGAGCCUGCUUAAAUGAUAUUUAGAGGCUGGGGAUUUGUCUGAGCUAGAUGGAACCAGACUUCAACGACCCCCUUCUGUACGUGGGAGCGAUUUUCCUGUUAGAUGGGGGCUGCCCUUCUCUUUGUGCCUCUGGGUGUCUUGGCACAUCAGAAAGGCUCGGCUGCUCCUUUUGGAGAAGCCCUGAGAAGGAAGACCGCUUGCGGGGUCUCCUCUGGAGCUGGGCUGCAGGCACAGACGGGUUGUCCUGGGUGGGAAUUCUCCUGGUGUCCUGACUCCUGGGAUUUUCCCCAUUCCCAACAGGGGGUAAGGGACAAGGCAGCUUUGCCAUCUGUGGGAAGGUGAGACAAUCCCUGGGGGCAGGAUGGGAUGGCACCCUGUCCAUCUCAAACAGCAGCUUGGCUGCUCUUCCCAUCGUGCCUCUGAAGUUGCUGGUUGGGCUUUUUCCCCCUUGCCUUGACCAGAAAGCACGAGAGAAGGCUAAGGGUACUGCUAGCUAAUGUUCAUGCUCUCCCUUUGGUUGGCUGAUAGAGGGGAAGGUGAGGACCGCUGCAUGGCCUGCAGUGGUGCAAAAAUGCUCCUGGAAGGCAGGGAUAUUCACCAAAGGAGCCCAUGUUGCUGCCCAUUUUUGCCCUUUCCCCAAACAAACCUUGAUCCCUGGUAUUUCUUAAAUUUAGCUGGAUCCCAGUUAUUUUUAUAUGCCAACAGGGGCACCAGAGGAUAUUAAACAAAGGGACUUUCUAGCCCUGUUUUGGGAGAAUGUUUACUACAACUACUACAGGUGUUAGCCCAGAGGAACAGCAGCCAGCCCGGUGCUGUGGAGCUGAGCAAGAAACGAGCGUAAAGGUUGGCCCGUGUUGGUAAUUCUUAACCUAAAUCCUGUUAGCCGUGCAUUUCACCAUUGUAGCAAGGUGUACAUUUUCACAUGCAAGGUUAGGGUAUUUAUUUUUCUCUUUAGUGCAUGUAUCGGUCCAUAAUAUGUAUUACACGGUGUUGGGAAAAAAAUGCAGGUGAAAUACCUAAUUCAGAUUUCAUUCACAAACUAAUCCUGGGUGAUAUUUGUAGGGGACUUUUCUGGUAGGAGUGUGAGAAUUUGGAAGCUUCGGAGCUUGGGUGUGGGAGGGUCUGCACGGUAUGGUGAAAGAAGUCUGGAUGGUGGCCACAAUACUCAAGAAUAGGCAGAGCUUCCAAGCGUGCUGUCAUGGCUGCCAUAUUUACUUUUUUUUGACCACAUCUUGUGGACCCACCAGAUCAAAGCCCUCAUUUGAGUGGGGGAGAUUGGCCUGUGGAACUCUCUGUGUAGACGCUGCUGUGCACUGUGGAAGUUUCUGUGUAAUAUCUUAAUACAAGGGGCGCUACCAGCUGUAUCUAUAGGGGCUUAAGGAAAUCACUUGAAAUUUUACCCUGAGACCCCCAUCUUUAUUCAUGAUGGAGGAGAAUCCCACUGAUUUCAGUGGAACAUCAAUAUAAGGCAAUUAAAAAUGUCAGCCCAGAAGUUUGUUGACAACUGUGGGAAUUCCUUCUGCUCUGGUUUGGUUUCAUAAUUUGCAGUUCAUAAGCUUUAUAAGACCUUUAAACAAGUGUGUAUAUUUUGGAUGUACUAAAUUCUCAUAUUGCUUUAUCCCCACCCCACCCCUCAUGUACUAAUUUUAUUGUUGGCUUCUUUGAGACUUAAACCAGGACUUGGGGGCCAAGGGGGGUGAAUCAAAGGAGGACUGCAGCUUACUUAAGGAAGCCACUGACUUCUCCUUGGUGGGACUCUGCUAUGAAGGACUCACAGUUUGAUCAAGAACUACUUAGGAACGUAAUUUUGAAGGUUCUCCACGUUUGAGAUGGCCUCUAGAUACUAGAGAGUAAGGUCUGGUCUCGUGUUUCUGUUUUCUAAAUUUUGUAAGGUAGAGAAGUCCAGGUGAACUAAACCAUGCAGAUGAAUUUACACAACGGCCUAUUUCCAACUACUGUAGUUCUUUUUUAAAAAAGAUAAUCAAGUACAUCCAACAUUAGACUAGGGUAUAGUGGUGCAUCUUUCGAUAAAUAGUGGGAAAAUGGUGAGUGUUCUUGGACUAGAAAUCAUUUUCUCACAUAGAUGAAGUUUCUUUCUUUCUUUUGGCCAAUUACGGGGAAAUGUUACUGUAGAUGUAAAUUGUCUGUUUUGUUGUCUUUCUAUUACUGUCCUGCCACUGAUCUGCAUCUUGAAAUACUGUGUAUUGGAAGAGUUUAAAUAACCCGCUACCCACAUAGAUGUUCGAAAGAUGUAUGUGUUGCAGAUUCUAUGAACAAAAAACCCCCAGUGUUACGUUAAGAAAAGCUACCAGGUUUUCAAGAUGUGGCAGUUGAUGAACCUCUGAGGUACUUCCUUUCCCCAGAGUUUUUUUAUAUGAAUUUGGUAAAUGGUUAUGCCUUAAUGUAAAUUUUAGAUCAUCCAGCAAAAGGGAGGUACUUGUAGAGUACAACUCAACGUGAGGCGCAAAGAGCAACGGUGACUGUUCCUGCCUCCCCAGACCAUGAUGAACGGUGCAGUCUCCCCCAAAAGACUCUGGUUCUUUAUCUGAGCAACUGAUGGCCUAGGCAAAGUCUGGCCUCCAUGGGGCCCCAUCUCCAUGCUGCCAAGCCGGAGGCUGAAGGAGUAGCAAUGGCUCUAUGGGGAAAAGCCAACCCUGUUGCCUUUCAGCCCUCCAGAAAUCCUACUGUGGAGCAGGAGAGGUCUACAAACUCUGCUGCCGUUAAAAUACCUGAGAUUAGAACAGAUAAAAACUCCACAUCUAGGAACAGCACAACUGAGCCUGAGAUUCCGGGCAUAGAGGCGGUUUUGUUGACUUGCUAGGGCCAUCCUUGGAAAGUGGAGAGAUGCCAGGGGCGGACAUCGGGGGUCUUUUGCAUGCAAAGCAUGUGCUCCCUCACUGAACUAUGACCUCUCCCCAUUGGGGAAUUCUGUCCAUUGUCUGUAUAUUCAACCAACAGUAUGUUUGGCUUUUUCCUGGCUAACUUCUCUGUAGCAGUGCCAGCUGUGUUGUACAACACCUCUGGGGGGGGGUCCGUUUCCGUUUUUCUACUCUGCUUUUUUAUAUUCGUAAUUAAAACAACCUGUGAGCUGAAACGCCACAUAUGUAAGUGUAGCCAGAUGUUCAGAGCAGGACAAAUAACAUGCAUUAAAAGUCUUCCAUCAGGCCAAAGAUGUAUAUAUAUAUAGACCGCAUAUUGUGCCCUAAAUUUAUAUGCAACACGUGUUCUUGGAAGUUAAAAGGAGACAUCUAAUUAGAGAAAAAGAAAGGGGUUUCCUGUUAUGAGAAGGCUAGGAGAAACUUAGCCACUUCUGCUUUUUAAAGAACUGGCUUGGAUUUUACCAUUCUGUCCUUCUCGGCUUGCAUUUUCGUUUGGCAAACAUUUACCAGCGUCAGUUGUCACCUUCUCAUGUGACUGGCAGCAAAUGAUUUUCUCAUUGUCCAAGGCUCUGCUGUUGUAUAAAUUAGCGUUCAUCCGAAGGGUAGAACCUAAUAGCAGAAAAGGGAGCAAAAGGAAAAAAAAAAAGAAAGAAAAAAUGGGAAGAAAAGAAUAUAAGAGAUCAGAGACAACCAAUUAAAAGAGGAGAUUGUGUCCAAAGAAGUGAAGCUUUUAUUUAAGCAAUACAUACAUACCGUUGGCUAAUACAGAAAUGAUCUGUCCCAGUUGAAAAUUGUGUAUUAUGUUUCCCCAAAAAAAAAAAAAAAAAAAAGGCAGACUCAUUUUGCUAAAGUGCAUAUAAGAAUUUUGGGGGAUGGCUAUCCAAACUUGAAUGCUGAAGUACAAACUGGAAAAACAAUAAAUGAAAAAAAGACUUGUACAACAAAA